AUGAAGAUGACGAUGGGAGUUUGUCGUUGCUGUAGGCCUCGGCGAAUUCCUUCAACUCCCGGAGGUGUUUCUUCUGCAACGCCUGCUGCCUCUCCAGUCGAAUGUUCUGCAGCUUUGAACUCUCCUCAAAGAUCUGGCGGAGGAAGGAACAACAGUCACAGGCCAAAAUCAGCACUUCUUAUGUAAUUCUAUAGAGACUCAUUGCUACGAUACU